AUCUCGUCAGCAAGAAUUGCUUCGCUUGCUCUGCCAUUGAAUUUCCCCAAAACGAAACCCUUAUUCCGACGCAAAAUUUCCUGCUCUUCGUCUCUCCAUUCGAAUUCUUCAAGGUUUUGGCAUUUCUGCUAUGUCAGUACUGAUCAAAGAGCAACGAUUUUGACCUACUUUACAAUUUGAAGGAACGAUAAAAAUGGAUUCCGACGAAGAGGACUACGUUUUCUAUGGCACUCCAAUAGAACGAGAGGAAGGGAUCACUAGCCGCAAAAAGAAAGCGGUCGCCGAGGCCUCCGGUCAGCUCCGAACCCUUCCUUCUUGGAAGCAAGAGGUCAGAGACGAAGAAGGAAGAAGAAGAUUUCAUGGAGCAUUUACGGGAGGGUAUUCUGCUGGGUAUUUCAAUUCAGUGGGCUCAAAAGAGGGGUGGACGCCGCAGUCAUUUGUAUCUUCCCGGAAGAGCAGGGCUGAAGUCAGACAGCAGAGCAUUUUCAAUUUUUUGGAUGAAGAUGAAAAGGCUGAACUGGAUGGUCAAUCCUUGGGUACAUCGUCGCAGUUUGAUACAUUUGGAUUCACAGCUGCUCAACUUGCUCUCAAACAAGCUGAGAAGGAACAAAAGCAAAGACCAUCAGCCAUUCCUGGACCAAUACCAGAUGAAAUUAUUCUUCCAGCCACAGUGUCCAUAGGUGUAAAGUUGCUGUUGAAGAUGGGGUGGAGACGUGGUCGUUCAAUUAAGGAUUCUCAUGCUGAUUCACUCUACAAUGCCCGAAGAGAAGCACGGAAAGCUUUUUUAGCAUUUUCUUCUGAUGAUGCAUCAGCUCAGGCUGCUCCUUCUGAAUCUAUUCAGGGUGACCUUGAAAACUACAUUGAGCAGCCGGCUAAUGAUGAUGUUCGCUCUUCUCAAGGCACUCAUGUUUAUACACUCACCCCAAAGCAGGACUUGCAUGGUUUAGGUUUUGACCCUUAUAAGAAUGCUCCUGAAUUUAGGGAAAGGAAAAGAUCACGCAUAUCUGGGAACAGGGACCCUGAGUACAGGAAAGCUCCUUCAAUGAAAAACAAUCUCUUUGGUUUCAAGUCCGGAAAGGUUGCACCUGGUUUUGGCAUUGGGGCACUCGAAGAACUUGAUGCUGAAGAUGAGGAUGUUUUUGCCUCCGAUUACGACUUCGAAGAGACUUAUGUUCAAGAAAUAGAUGAACCUUCAACGAAAUUGACAGUGGACAGCAAAAGAAAGUUGAUUACAAAUGAGCAAGGUGUUCUGCCUGGAUUUAGAAUUGCAUCAAAGGCUGACUACCAGCCAGAAAGAUUUGAUCCUCCCCUUGUUCCUAAGGAUUUUGAACCCCACCAUAAAUUUCCUGGCCCUCUUGAGACUGAUUUUAGGGUCGCUGAUGCCGGCCCUCCAGAAGUUUCUCCUCCUGUGGAUAGUAAUUUGAGACUCUUAAUUGAUGGGGUUGCAACUUUAGUAGCUAGGUGUGGUAAAUUAUUUGAGGACCUGUCCAGAGAGAAAAAUCAGUCAAAUCCAUUGUUUAGUUUCCUUCGUGGAGGAAAUGGCCAUGAUUAUUAUACAAGAAAGCUGUGGGAGGCCCGAUUAAAGCGAGCUGAUCAAAACAAGUAUCAAUUGGAUGAGAAAGUAUCUCCAAGCAUGCAGAAGCUAACUGCAGAGAGCCGUGGACAUAUCUUAGGAGAGAGGCCUUUAGAACGAAGCUUCAAAGAUGCAAGUUCAUCUGUUGCUUCCUCAGAUUCGGUUCAUUUACAAUACAAUCUUUCUGACACAUUUACAAAACCUAAAUCACUUAGUGGAUUGCCUGAAGUUGAGAAACCCUUUAACGAUGAUCCUGCAAAGCAAGAAAGAUUUGAGUUAUUUCUCAAGGAAAAGUACCAGGGAGGGCUUCGAACUACACAGUUUAGUGGAGCUAGUCAUAUGUCUGAGGCAGCGCGUGCUUGUGAGAGGUUGGACUUUGAGGCUGCAGCUGAGACAAUAGAGAAGGGAAAGGAGGGUAAAGAAAGCAAGAUGCCUGCACAGCACAUUACAGACUACUUGGCUACUGGGGCAAUGCAGUUUACUUCCGGUGGGUUACAGAAAGCUGAAGACCCUCAUGCUGAAGAUUCAAUCACAAAGAAACUGUACCCAAAGCGGGAAGAAUAUCAAUGGCGGCCUUCGCCUAUUUUAUGCAAGCGUUUUGAUCUUAUUGAUCCUUACAUGGGGAAGCCACCACCAGCUCCACGCACACGUAGCAAGAUAGAUACUCUCAUUUUCACACCGGAUUCUAUCAAAACCAAAAACAUUGAAGAAACAGUAACAGAAAAUAGAGAUUCAUUUGCAACACCUCAAUCUGAUACCCAAGGGAAAAGCAAAGAUGUAGCUGAUAAAGAAUUAGAAGUUGAGGUAGAAGUUGAAAAUGUGGAGAGGCCAGUUGACCUAUACAAGGCUAUCUUCUCUGAUGACUCGGACGUUGAAGAGGACACUACCUCUAAUCUCAACAAAGCGGAGCAUCCAGAAAAGAAGGCCGAAGCAGCUAAUACAGCACUAAGUCGUCUGAUGGCAGGCGACUUUUUGGAGUCCUUGGGUAAGGAACUAGGUCUGGAGGUUCCCCCCGAACCACCUUACUUAAAGAACAAAUCCGUGGCUUCUACUUCAGAGAAAGAAGUUAACGAGAAUUCAAGAUAUGAUAAGAUCCAAUCCAUUGAAGAUAACCAUGGGAUUCCGUACAACCAGGACAUGUCUCAAGAUGGCAGACACAAGAAAAAUGAGCUAAUUCAUGGUACCGCAAGCAAACAUGGUAGUAUACAUUCUGAGAUUGGUUCAUCUGAGAAUAAAAAUGAUCUAGUGAAUUUAGAAAAGAAUCCUCAGGAGGAUAGGAAAGAUAAAAUGCGGCACCGAAGGUUGAGCAGCAGUUUAUCGUCAGAAGAUGAAAGGAGUAGAAGGCAUUCCAGACGACGUCGGCAUAGAAGCAGUGAUUCAGAUAGUGAUUCAUCCAGCGGGGGUCGUCAUCAUUCUAGAUCAAAAAGCAAGAGGAAAAAAAAUUCUCGAGAGAAGAGUACCAGCAGCGGCACAAGGCAUUCUAAACAUCAUGAUCGUAGAAGCAGGGACUCUCCAAGUAGAUCUCGUCAUGGCAGUGCGAAGGAACACACCAAAGCUAAGAGGGAGAAACAUUAAAGGAGGAGUUGAACAAGAAUUUCAGUUCCAUAAAAGCAGGUUUAAAGAAAAUGUAGUUCAGUCUUUGGAAAGAUUUUUUCUUCUUUCUCAGGUUUUCCUUUAAAAUCAAAUUUAGUUGCUUGAAGGUGCAAUAAAUUUUCCAUACUUUGACAAAACCAAAGUUUUUAAGAUUAGAGGUUACAAUAUGUACCUCCUCUGAAAGAUAGCGGUUUGCAUGCCCGAUAAAG